AUGGCUGUGAACAGCCCCGGUGGUUACCCCCCCAUCUCCCCCAAGCCCCACACUCCUAAAAGUCCCCGUCACUUUGUCUUCCCCCAAAAGAGCCCCUCGGUCGCAUCAAGCACUUCCUCUUCUGGUUAUUACACCCCCCAGUCUGGAUGCAGCUACGACAAGCACAAUCAGCCCCCAAAGUCGCCGCUAGCGCAUGGACAUCGCAGCCCUAUGAGCCCUAGACACUUCAAUUUCCCCCAAAAGUCUCCAUCAGGACGCUCGAGCCCUUGCAACCCCAGCUUCGACAGGCAAAGCCUACACUACUCUGCAUCUUUGAAGCACUGUCGCCGUGAGAAAUCCCGGUCGCCGAAACCGCCGCCUGUCCAUAUACACACUAACCCUGGCUAUGUCUCUCCCAAUCGCACGAGAAAAUUGUACGGCUCGACAUCCACUGUCGGUUCUCCUAGGCUAGUGACGUCACCCAGCAUUGUCUCCAGUCAUACUGACGAUUCGAUGGAUGCCAUGCCUGGCACGCCUUCCGCAAUGCUUAACGACGCUGAUGACGAAGCGACAACAACUUCCUCGAGGAUCUGCCGCAAAUCUACUUCAGACCUCACAGAUAUAACUGAUGAGACACCUCAGACCAGAUCCACCAGUAUUAGUAGGCCCUGCUCACCUAUGCGGAGAGGCUCCAUGAAGGGCGGUCUUGCGUAUCUAGCCAGUAGAAGGGGCUCAAGGGAGUCGACGAUGUCAAAUUGUGAUUCGGUCGAGGAUAUCGGGCCUUUAAAUUUCCAAAAUACGAUGCGUGGUAGACAACGGCGGACUUCGAAUUUCUUAGAAUUGCCAGUGGUGGAACAUUCCCGACCGCGCGUCUGCUCGCUACCAGAGAAGCCGUACAACCCUCGCAUAUCAGACGACCUGUACCGGCUCAGGACCUUCUCCAUCACCACCAAGGGUGGCGUGGUGAACUGUGGUGAUUCCAUCUGCAACCGCCGCUCGCGGUCUAACACCUCCGUCAAUUCUACCAAUAGCAGGGCAUCAGACCGGUCUCCGUUCGACGGCUCGUGCUGCUCCGGCUACCGGCCCGUGGACUCGGCUAGCUUGGACACCCCUGACGAGGAUGAAAUGGAACCGAUACCCAAAUACAGAGUGGUUCUGCUCGGCGACGCAGGCGUCGGUAAAACUGCCCUCGUCUCCCAAUUCAUGACGUCAGAGUACAUGAACACAUACGACGCGAGUUUGGAUGACGAAUUCGGCGAGAAGUCAGUGUCAGUACUUUUGGACGGGGAAGAGUCUGAGCUUAUAUUUAUCGACCAUCCCAGUACCGAAAUGUCGGUGGAAAACUGCUUAUCAACGUACGAGCCACACGCCUGCGUUGUGAUAUACUCUGUGGUGGCGAGGAGUUCGUUCACUCGGGCUGGCGAGAUUCUUGCGUACCUCGCCAGAGAGCUGUUCACAGUUGAGAGAACCGUAGUGCUCGUUGGCAACAAGGCGGACUUGGCGAGGGCGAGACAAGUUACUACUAAUGAGGGCAAAGCGCUAGCGACGUCCCGCGACUGCAAAUUCAUUGAGACUUCAUCCGGCAUUCAGCACAACGUGGAUGAGCUGCUGGUCGGUAUCCUCAAGCAGAUCCGCCUCAAGGAGACACGGGAGAAAAAACAGGCCAAGAAACUGGCCAGCUCCAGGACCCACAUCUCCCUCAGCAUCGCCAGGGAACUGCUGCAGAAGAUCUGCAUCAACGACAUAUCCAAGUCCAAGUCGUGUGAGAACCUACAUGUCCUUUAAAUGCCUAACAAAUAUAGGAAAGAGAUCGGACAUGUCAGGCAAUUUGUAUUGAAUACGCCUGUCGUGUGAACCCAC